GCACAGCCGGUCGCGUAGUACGGAUCGUAUGGAACGAUUACGUUGACUGGUCGUGAGUUAAAACUCUUCAUCGCGUAGGCCGUAGAGAAACGUGCGUGUGACACACACGUUCAUUGCUUUCUACUCUUCUUUCAAGGAAGCACACGGUCACUUUGGACGCGACGAACGCGUGUUCGCGUUUAAAAAACAAACCAAUUACUUAGUGCGUGAUCGCAUUUCGCAUCCGCGAUUCGUCUAGUGAAGGGGGAAUCUGUGAAAGACUUCGUCGACGGACUCUAGAAAUGAGAAAUCUUGUGGAGAAACAGCUGUCCUGGCUUGCCCUGCUUGUGACUGCGUUCUAUUCUUUGAUAAGCAGUUGUCGGAGCCAGGACUGCACACACGAACGAAUGGUAGAGUGCGGUAGAGCCCUCGAGAGAAUCAGCAACAACGAUUUGAGUUUCGCGACUAAAAAGGUGGAACUGCAACAACUAUGCCCACACUUCGAGGCUGGGAUGAAGUGCAUCCAGACGUAUACGCUCGACUGCUUGGAUGAGAACCAAAGGGAGCGUUUCAACUCGCUGUACGCGGGCACCAACCAGGUGGUUAUGGAGCUCUGUCACGACGGCCCUUUUCAGGACGAAUUCUUGAAACACGCGCCAUGCAUGCAAAAGGUGCAGCCCACGUACGAACUCUGUUUCAAGAAAUAUCAGAAAAUCACCCAGGACAUCGAAAAACGAAAUAUCUCGACGAAUUGGGACGGAUCCCUCAAAUCCCUCUGCUGUGGCUUCAAGGAAUAUGUGGAGUGCUCGCAUCAUACGGUUCGUCGAGAAUGCGGCGAUGACUCGGCUCAGUUUACAAAGGAGUUCCUUGACAGAAUGUCGAACUCGCUUUUGAGGGCGUCUUGCGAACCCUACACCGAGGAGGUGUGCGCAAUCGGCAGCGGCGCCAGCAUCUUCAGGGUGGAGACAAUAGUCCUCGUGUUGGUGGUCCUCGCAAGGUACUUCACGUAAGUGGUUAAGCACCACUCGCGGCCGGAAAAAGGGGACGAUUUCCGUGCACAACGAGCGCCGUGCUGAAAACCCGGGGCCCUCCGUUCGUUCUCCGCUUCCGAUUCGCCAAAGUACAUAUAUAUAUCUUUUUUUUUCUUACUUUCGAUGAGAAAACCAAGAAGAGAAAUGGGCACACGCGCGAGCGGACUGUCGAGUAUCGAGAGGCACGGAGAAGGAAAUAGAGGACAGAGACGGAGAAGAAGUUGAGAGAGCAAGGUAAAACCAAGGAAGAACGGGAUCAAAGCAACGACACUGCGAGCGGAGAAGAAAGUUUCGCCACGCACGUUUCACCCCUACAGAAGUUUCUCUCUGCACUCGUGCGGGAAGUGUUUCUCUUUGACACGAAACUUGGCUUGCGCGAGGAAAACAAAGGGGAGAACGUUGCUUCCAGACACCGAGACGAGCUUAAUCAAGCAAUUAGAUGCCACGAGCUAGACCUGGUACGUGUUCGUUCGACCGUUAGUUGGUCGGUCGAUGCCUGGAUCGAUGAAACCGAUCUGGAUUCCUGGUUAGAAAAAGAUGACGUUCAAGCAGGAAAUGGAUAAGUGUCGAGAGUAAACCUGGAGAACGCAGAGAUGAAAUUGACACCAGCUUAGCAGAUAUCCAAGUGUUGUGCUUUGGUUGCAUUAAGAUUUUAUUUACCAGGUAAUUAUUUGAAUUCAAGUAUUGUUCGCAAAAGACGCCAUAGAAAUAUUAAAAAAGCACGGAGAAAUAUACUGCGCGUCAUGGAAGAUAAAACCAUCUCAAAAGAUAGCGUUACAUAGACAAGAUAUCUUCCAUGCAAGACCAUCAUUAGCGAUCAUAGUUAUCUUCAAGUUCUUAGGACAUUUACAUUCGUCUUCGUUAUUAGAAGGAAACUAGAAAUAUUCCUCACAUCUUGAAAUUGAACAUCGCAAGCGGACUGUUACCUAUUACAACGACCAACAUCAUCCAUUCUUUCCACCAUUCGAAGAAUCGGAAUCGAAGAUGAAACCCUUAUCUCCGAGACAUCGUGCAAAAAAAUGUCACCACGAGGAAAAACGAACGCGGAAUGCAU